CCUCCUGCCUGAUCUACCAUACAUCUCUGGAAGUCCAACGAAUCCCUGACUAGACUUUCUGCUAGACCAUGGAAAGCCCCAGCGGGUUCUCCCCAUUCAGACGCACCGACAGUCAUCGAGGUGACGCAUCGACAACGCGCGACCUAUCCUUUUACGACCAACCCGACGACUUUUCCUCCAUGGCUAACUCUCCUCUUGCGACACCUAUCUCUGAUACCUCUACUAUCUCAAGAUCCAGAUCGAGAUCUUCCUCCACUUCUUCCUUCGAUUCCGUCGGGUCCGAUGGCGCAUCAUCUUGUUCGUCGGUCGAACAAGUGUUCUUCGGACCUGUGGGAACGAAAGAACAGACGCUUAUAGCGAAACUCAGCAAGGUCCACCUCGAGGUCGAUUCAGAACGAGCGGAAGAGAAACAUUUCGACAAGGAAAACUCUAAACGAAGGGUGACGAGACGAGAUUCGAAAGAAUUCCAUCGACGGAAGACCCUGGUCUUUUCGUCCCGAGCGAGUUUGGCGAAUUGCGAUAGUCCGCAAGCUCGAUUAUGGGGGAACGGGUUUUACGUCAAGGGCGAUGAGAAACCGCUACAACCGCAAACAAGCUCGAAAUCGUCAUCCCCUUUGGCGCCCUGGUCAUCGGCCAACACAGCCAGAUCGUCCUUCCGCCUAAACAGCCCUCGUAGUAGCUCUACGCCUACUAAAGCCCAGUCGCUCUUGAAGUCCACCACCGAUACACUUGGAACCGAUCCCCUUAUCGAGCCAACAACGCCAGCUGUCGAUUUCGACACCGAUAUCCAACCACCUGAGGAGGAUAGGGACUCGCUCUUUCCUGAACAGGCAGCUCAGGAGUCAGAACUGACUGACCAGCAGGAAGGCGCGUCAGAUCCUGCAGAUUCUGAGAAGGGCGAAGACGAAGGCGAGCUCUCUGAACUCUCGGAUGCCGAAUCUAAAGGUGGAGCAUUUGAUGAAGAGGAGGAGGUUUCGGUAGAACCUGAUAUGGGCGUCGAAGCUGAGGCUGAGAUGCCUGGUACACCGGUCGAGAUUGCAGCCGAUGAACCGGGAGCGCUAGGUGUCGAGCUGAGCACGCUCCGUCUAAACGAGCCGGAGAUAAAUGCAGAGCUUGAGAUCGAGGUCGACAGACUACAAGACGAUGUGGCCGCAGUCGCGGAACCUGCUACUCGACAAGAAGAAAUGCCGCUUCCCGAAACCGCAUCGAAGCGAACGACAAGCUCAAGGAGGAGUGCGCGGUUGUUGGAGAAGGUCGCAGCGUCUCACCGUACUGAAUUUGAAGAAGCGGCGGUUGACUCGAUAGAGGCUGAAGGGGUUGAAACGGAGGUCUCAGUGGAUACGGCAGCGAUGGAGGAACACCAAGAUACGACAUCGGAGCUGGCCACCAGGGAGGAGGAGGACCCAAUAGAAAAGGAGAACUCCGUUGUGCUGCCUAACGCUGCUUCGUCUGACGGAACGGAUCUUCCGGAUGAUCUUGUGUCUGAAAACGACGAGGAACGUGCAGAAGAUCUCGACGAGAUCAUCACUCCCGUCACCGCUGCAGAAGUGGAAAAUGAACACGCCGCUUCGAAUGCAUCAAUCAAUGCCUCAGGUGCUUCCGAUAGGUCGAAAAGACGGGAGGAGACGAUAGAAUUGCCGAACGAAGAGACUUCUGAGACGACCCUCAAAGUAGCGGCUGAUGUGACUUUGGAGGCGCCAGAAGUUGGAAGCGCUCGAAUCGACAGUUCGAAAGCUGACCCAGUCGAAGAAACCGAGAUGAAACGAACACCAUCAACUCCAGAUGGAUCGACCGAGGACCUCGAGCCUGUGGUGGAUGCGACUCCUUCGAGACAAUCAGAAGCCGGUGAAACGACGUUUGAUCCCGAAUCUCCCAUGCCCGUUUGUCGAGCGCCCAAGCCAGAGUUGAUGAUGGGCUUUUCUCCUCUGGGCAAGCGAGACAUGGAUCAGGAUAUCUUGCCGCUUGGCAGGCAGACGUCCUUGUCGCCAGUCGCUCACACGGCAGGAGUGGCGAAGUUCCACCUGGGCGCCUUCGAUCUCGCUAAGGACGAUUUAGGAUCCUCGACAUUGCGUGUUCGACAAGCACUCUCCCCCGAGCGCAGAAACGUGUUCGCAUCGCAUCAACGGCUUCCGGCGACGCCCGUCAGGACCCCGUCUAAGCAGGCCGAUGCACCUCGAUCGGGAUUCCUACAACGGUCGAUCGCCUUGCCCCCAGUCACAAAGAUGCUUGACCGUAAGCUGAUGAAGUCCAGCACCCCUCGGACCGACCGCAAAAAGCUUGCCAGCGAUGUCAUUGGGGACGGUAGCGGACGGCGCUCGAGUAAGCCUGUCGCGAGUGCCCGGGCAGUAACGACGUCAACAACCGCUCUGCCAAUACUAUCGCCGGAGAAGUCCGGCGAUACACCUGCGAAGAGUCGACGGAAAUCUCUUCGCUCAGCUGCAAACAGCUCAGCCGCGGAGGCACCGGCUGCCGUCGUCGACGAGACGCUUGGAGCACGGUCGACGGUCGCAAUGCAAGAGACGCCGUCGAGACCAAUUCAAGGUCAGCAAGUCGAAACUUCCUCGUCUGCCGUUCCCAGAGUAGUACAAUCCACCGAAAGCAAAUUGCGACAGCCUGCCAAGUCGCUCUUGAAAAAGCCAUCGGCGAGCUUCCUGCCUGUUCUCAAAUCGACGGUCGUAACCUCGCGUAGUGCUGCCAGUACUUGCGCUACUUCGGCGAUUGCUACGACCAGUCACACCCCCUCAACUACCACCUUCGAUUUCGCUCAGCCAGUUCCGAACCAAAAGAUCACCAACUAUGCUCCUGCAGCAAAGACUCGAUCCGUUAUUCCAACGAUAAUGAAGAGCCCCGUCAAGCAGCCGGAUGUCUUCACUUCGCUUGGUCCCCCAAUCAGGCCAAAUCGUGCCGGGCCUAUCGUUUCGACAUCCAGAGGACCACCGGUUCGACCGAAUAUGACCCCGGUGAGAGGUGGAGGGAUCCGAUCAUUCGGUUCUCCCGUCCGCUCCAACAUGUCCCCAACAAAGAACUCAACGUCGAGCACGCCCCAACGCGCGCAUCAUUUCAUGGCGCUGAGCACCCCGCAAGCCGUUCAUGUCGGCCUAAACUCUCCGGCCCCCGCAAGACGAAUGGAUAUUGCUCGAAGCAGGAUGCACGCCUCGACCACUGCCCAUCAGGAAAGACCGAUACUCUCCAUGACGGCAGAUCGGCCGUUGCAGCAUCAAUUCGAGACGCUACCUCGGUCUAGGCUGGCAGAGCAGACCGACUCAGAGCCACCUGUUGUCCCAGUUGAACGCGUCCCACCACCACCAUCAGUACCCUUAAUCACACCGGUUGCGGCACCAACAGCAGCGCAUGUGCCACCUGCAGCAAUAGCAGAGCUUACUGUCCCCGAGCCGCCCGUAGCCUCAGCGAGUGGGACCAGUCGACGGUCUGCGCGACCAGCGCGGACAGCGGUGAAUCUCGCUUCCUCUGCUACGUCUGAGGCUGUGAAGCCCAGUCGAGCCGCAGGAGGCAAACGCGAAAAGCCGAAGGUGGCAACUACGUCAACGUCAGGGAAGGCACCUGUCGUAGUCGAUCUCGAUUCUAUCACCAAGCUCAAUACCACACGCAACGAGGUGGUUUUCUCGGCCAUCACUACGAUCAAGCAGCGUCGCCAGGGCGAGCGACCGCGAGGCGACCCUCUUACCAUUGCCGAAAAGAUCGCUUCGCUGAGUCGUGAAGAACGGGCGCUGCGACGACAGCUUGAGAAGUCGGGCGCGACGUCGGAGGAUGAGGACCGACCGAGUGGUUCGCUCGACAGUCAUCGACGUGGGCCAGGUGAAACUGAGGACUAUACGACUCCGGCUCGACCAGGCAAAAGGGCCCGAGAGGAGUCCGAGUCGCCAACCCGUGGUCCGGCGGCCAAGAAGAGUCGCAUCAUUUCGGGUUUGCCCUCGGUAACCGGUCCAAAGGAGGAACGACGGGUCAAGUGGGACAAGGGGUUGGUCAUGAUUAGUGAUUCGAGAAAGACGCCCAGCGAAGCUUCGUCACAGAGUCAGGUCGUCAAGGGAUGCUUGAAGAAGAACAUCGUGUUGGAUCAUCUCGGCAACGUGCCAAACGCCAGCCUCGGUGCUCCCGGUCUCCAGCCUCUCCCCGUCGAGGUCUUCAAGAUUCGGUACGACGGCGAAGACUUUAGCGAUGGCGAACCGGGCGAACCGAAAUCGAUCAAACGCGCUGAAAAGAGCAAGGGAAAGAAGAAGGCAGUGGCGACGGAAAAGUAGAAUCUUACGCGAGUAGCAAUAUGUGCGAUACCCCCCAUCUGAAACCUCCGUGUGUAAAGGAAAGUCCUCUAUGUGUAACGGGAAUUACGUGCGAAACCCCCUCUAUCCAUCUUAUAAUGAACCAGCUUGUACUCUU